AUGUCCCUUCGAGGCAUCCUCGCACGGACUCGCACCGAACUCCUCUCCCCUUCUCCACUGGAUGACACCUCUUUGCUAGGUGCAGGCCGCGCAGCACUCAUCCUUCUCCCCAAGGACCCUCAAACAUGCCUCCGCCUCGCCUACCAGCAGUUGCACGCGGUGCCGUAUCGCGAGGUGAAGACGUGCUGGCGAAGGCUGUAUACUGACGCUGCGCUGUGGAUUGUCCUCGAGGUCGUGGCAGAGCAUCUACAAAAGCAGACCGAAGAAGAAGACAGCGAUGAGAAGUGGGUAGACAGGGUAGUCAAGGAGCUGGACAUGGCAUUGAUCUUGACGGGGGCGGUAGCAAGGGAAGACCUGGUAGGAGAAUGGUUUGAAGCGCUGGAGGCCUUCUUAAGCUCGCAAGCGCCCGAGAGGCCGGCGAAGAGGAGGAAAUUUGCCAACCAGCUCCCCGAGACGUUUCCAGACGGCAUCCGCAGGAAGCCCGUGUUGAAGUUUCCGAUUCCCAGAUCGAGAGACCUCAGUCUGUCUGCGUUCCAAGCGAAGGUGUCGAACCCGGAGACGCAGACACCGCUCAUCAUCGAGCGAGCAAUAGACCACUGGCCCGCCUUCGACGACGACCGCGCCUGGAAGAACCCCGCAUACCUGAUGCGCAAGACGCUCAACGGGAGGCGCCUCGUCCCUGUUGAGAUUGGCCGCAGCUACACGGAUGCAGGCUGGGCCCAGAAGAUCCUCUCCUUCGCCGACUUCAUGCACACCUACAUGCUCACUCCCGACCCCCCCUCAAAUUCAAAUUUCCACUCCAGCGCCAACCCCCCAGAUUCAGAACAACAAAACUCAACCCCAGGCGUAAACACUCCCCAAAAAGGCUACCUAGCCCAACACGACCUCUUCGCCCAAAUCCCUCCCUCCGCGCUGACAUCGCCACCCCGACUUCUGCUACACCGCCCCGCCACGCCCCUCUCCAACCCCUCCCACAUCAAACCUGUAGACACGCUCGAUGACCCCUGCUAA